GUUUGUUGAGGGGUUAGUUUUACUAUGGUACUAAAUUAAGUUUUGAUUGAGAGAAUUUAAGUUUUUCCUUUCAUGAUAUAUAUUUUUGUACAGGUCUGUGACUCCCACGUCGCCGUUGCUCAUUCAGCGUUCGUCAGUAAUUUUUGAGUUUAUUGAACAACUUGCAGACAUCAUUGAGGACCUUGUCCUAUGGAUUAGUGAUGAAACGUUUUAUGAAACGGUAUUCAAAGCUUCAAUUAUGUAUUCGACGAUUUGCUUCAAAUUCUGUGUCGUGCACUACAGAAAAAAUUAGAAAUGUUGGAAUAGUAGCCCAUGUUGACGCAGGAAAAACCACUGUCGUUGAACGGAUGCUGUAUUUUUCUGGCUACACAAAGCAAUUGGGAAAUGUGGAUUCUGGGAAUACUGUAAUGGAUUACCUGAGAAGGGAACGUCAGCGUGGAAUUACAAUUAACGCUGCUGCUAUCACAUUCCCAUGGAACGAAGACUACCGGAUAAAUCUCAUUGACACGCCUGGUCAUGCAGAUUUUUCCUUUGAGGUUGAACGGUCAAUCGCUGUACUUGACGGAACAGUAACUUUACUAGAUGCAGGAGCAGGCGUAGAGAUCCAGACAAAGGCUGUUUGGGCUCAAGCCGCUGCUCGCAACAUUCCUAGCAUUAUGUUUGUUAAUAAACUUGAUAAGGCGGGUGCAAAUUUUGGUCAAGUUAUUCACUCUAUUCAUUCUAAACUCAAUGCAAAAACGAUGGUCUUGCAGUUGCCCAUAUAUCGAAAUGUGGACGAAUCUAGUUUCUGCGGAAUUGUCGAUGUUGUUAACGCAAAAGCUUAUAUUUGGGAUCGCAACAGUGGGAAUGACGGUACCGUUGUUAACAUUGGUGAUGUCCCAGAAGCUAUGCGCGGCGAAUAUGAAAGGGCCCGUUCUGCACUCGUUCUAUCUUUGGCUGAUUGUGACGAAAGCAUCUGUGAUGCGUAUUUAGAGAAUGAAAACGCAUUAGCUGUGCACCCUGUCCAACUUCGUUCUGCUAUUAGAAGCGCGACGGUUUCACAAAAAUUAGUACCUGUCUUGUGUGGUUCUGCUUUGCAUAGCAUCGGCGUGCAACCGUUGAUGGAUUCCAUUGUAAAUUACCUUCCUAGUCCGAUUGAUCGAAUCCGCUCGUUAAAAUUGAACGUCCAAGACUCAAUGCAAAUGUUAUGUGCAUCUGUUUUUAAAGUUGUUCACUCACCUGAGCGUGGCAUUCUUGCUUAUGUUCGUAUUCACACAGGUACCUUAAGACGAGGAAUGCGACUCUUAAACACGCGAAGUGGAGACAGUGAGCGUGUCAUGCGUUUAUAUCGUGUAUUCGCGGAUGUUCUUGAUGAGACAGAUCAACUUGAACUGGGUACCGUCGGAAUUGUUGGAGGCGGUAAGCAUUUCUCUACAGGAGAUGUACUAAUUUCUGCACCUUCCCGUGGUUGCGGUCCUGACUUGAAUCUUUCAGCCGAAGUAUUUCAACAAAGUUGUCGGGUGAAUAUUCCUGAGCCAAUGUGUAUGGCAACACUGCUUCCCAAAACUGUCAAAGACGAAAAACCCAUGCUAAAAGCACUUGAAUGCAUUACGCGCGAAGAUCCAUCCAUUCGGUAUAUCCGUGAUGAAGGAACCGAUGAAUGGUUACUACAGGGAUUAGGCGAAAUGCAUUUAGAGAUCACCUUCGAUCGUCUUGUGCAGGAUUUCGGUGUGAAUGCUGAACUCGGAAAAGUACGUGUUGCAUUGAAAGAAGCACCAGUUCAAGGGACCAGUAUAGAUACUACUUACUCCCUAUUUGAUGAAGACUCAGAUAACCAGAUUCAAAAAGCGUCGAUUACUCUUGUUCUGUCAGCAAGGGAAACGGCACACGAUAGUUCUUGUUCAUUUGAGAAUUUAAAAGAAUUGCCUGCUGGCCUAAAAGACAUAAUUACACUUAAACAGGUCAAUGAAGCACUCAAAACUGGCGCUUUUGGGGGUUUAUUCCAUGGUCCAUUGAUGGGAUUACCUCUUCAGAAUGUACAGCUUUCUGUCCGAAGCUGUGUUAUAGAAGGAUUUCCUGAACCUUACCCCGUGCUAUGUCAACUCGCGUUUAAAGUAACCAAAAAGGCGCUCAAUGAACUGUACCAGGCAAAUAGGAAUGCAUUUUUGCUUAUGGAACCGUACAUGAAGGUUCAUAUCCAAGUGAGCGAGCAAUAUGUUGGAACUAUUAUAAAAGAUCUUGUGGGAAAACGUGGCGGGACUGUUGAACAGAUUCUGGAUGCAAAGAUCACAACUGAGGCUUCCAAUCCAGAUUUACAGGACGCAUAUAUUCCUUCACAACGGUUAGGUAAUACACACGGCCAACUGCCCAAUGGAUUUAAUCCGCCGCAUAUGUUCCGUGAUAAGCAUAUAAUCGCAAAGGCUCCUAUGCAGCUACUGUUCAACUACUCUUCUGUACUACGACGUUUAUCUGCUGGCCAGGCCGUUUGCCGUUUAGAAAAGGAUACCUUUGCCCCAGUAACUCAUGAUCGUGAGCGAUAUUUUCGCGAGGAAAUCAAUUAGGUACACUUUAAUUGAUGGUCAAGUCUUUACUACAAUACGAUAACUUUUUAUGAAUCUGUUAUUUUUGCUUUGGCAAGAGCCCAUAGUCAAUAAUUAGGCAACUAAAGUUUGGGUAAUAUCUUAUCUGAUCAUCAUUACAGGUAACUUCCCCAAAUAACAGUAGCUGACAACAGAAG